GUUUCGUUUAAAAAUUUUCGUAUAUACUACUUUGCUUAUCGACUAGUUUUCGUUACAAACUUGUAAAGAGGAUUUGAGAUUAAUCAAUUACAUAUAUCAAUGGAGAUAUAUACUUUUGACAAAAGUCUCCAAGAAAGACUGGUUGAAUUAACUGAAAUCUUGUCAAGUAGAGGUGAAAUAGUACCUGCAUCGCAGAUACAAGCAGAAUGGUCCUAUCAUGUGGAACUUGUGUUGGAACCUGUUGGUUGGCAAGCAUUGUGGAAGAUAUCACGUUUAGUGUGUGAAGACUUUCAAAUCCAUUAUCCUACCAUAGUAGUUGUUGAGGUUGAGCAAGUCAAUUUUAAUGCCUUAUCUGCAUUAGUGAAAAUCACUGCUGUUCAAGACGAAAUUCAUUUGCCUGAAAAAUAUGAUGUACCGCUUGUAGAACUUUAUCCAACCCUUAAGCAAGAAAAUAUUGCUUUAGACAUGGUGGGCACCUCAAGUUGCAUUGAUCAACUAAGAUUUUUUUAUAAUUAUUUGUGGAUGCCAUGGGAUAUAGAUGAUGACGAUAAUGCUGAUUGGGUGUCUGUACAUUUGGAAACAAGAAUCAGAUUGUUUUUUGAUAUGAAGAGGGGUAUUGUUAGCAAGGACACCAGUGAUGUUAUCAGAGGUUUAGUAAGAGAAGGACGAGAGAUUCAACAAAGAAUAUCAAGAUUAGAGGAUACUAUUUCUGAUGAAGAGGAUUCUGAAGUUGAUAUACUAGAUGGAGGAACAGCAUGUCAAUUAAUGAAACUUCACUUUCGAUUGCAACAAAUUAAGAGAGAGAUGGAAGUUCUUGAAAAUCCUGCUAUGAGAGAAAUCCUUGUAAAAAAUAGAACUUCAUCAUUAACCACUAAUAAAAUAGAAAAGCAGGAGAGUGAAGAAAGGUGUGUGAAAGGAUACUUUGUAUGGCUUGGUGGGAGUCUGGAGGAAAUGAAAGAAAUUAUAAAUAAAGUUGAAGCUUCUGUAUCUCCAAAAUUAUUUUUCAAGAUAUCUGGCUCACUGCAAGAAACUCUACAUAUGUGUGAACCAGGAGAUACUAUUGUAAUUGGAGAAGGAAAUCAUGAAAUAAAAGGUGCUGGUAAUUUAGAAGAGGGUGGUACUAUUAAGGGAAUUCAUAAGUUAGACCAGACUAUUCUUUCUGUGAAAGACAUUGAAGUUGUACCAUCUGUACUUGAUUUUUCUGGCAGUGAAGUUUUGCUAGAAAACAUUACUGUAGACGUAGCUGAUCUUAGAGCAGCCAUAAUAGUUAGGGCUGGAACUACAAAAAUUGUUAAUUGUAAAAUAUGUGCCUUAAAUCAGAGUAUGGUGAAGUUAGGAGUUGUGGUUUUACCUAAUGCAAAAUUGAUAGUAGAAAAUACUUUAUUCGACGGUCUUGGGACUGGUCUGGUUAUUUAUGGCCAUGGGGAAGUGCUUAUGACUAAUUGCAAUUUUAAAAAUUGUGCAGAGGGUAUACAGCUGCAUGACAAUGCGAAAUUAGUAGCAACAAAUUGUUCAUUAGGACAUUUUAAAGAGUAUGCUAUUCGUUUUGAAACUCGAAAAUAUUUAAAUAAUUCAGAAAGCAAAUGCGGUAAAUUGGAAUUGCUAGAUAAUAUAUCGGAAGUCACCUUACAUGAAUGUAAUUUCGAAGAAAACGGCAAAGGAGACGUCGCAUUAAAACCUAGCAAAACAUUUACUUUAACAACGAAGCAAGACGAGUCGGAGAAAAUGGAGUCUUAAAGUAAUUUAUUUAAAUUAUAGUUGUUAUAAAUUUUAUUUGUUACAAAAGUGCAUGUGAUUUAUGGUGCUUCCGUAAAAAUAUACGAAUUUUGUAUUUUUUUUAUAAAAACAUAC